GGUCAGUGUAACAGGCCCGCCGCAGUGGUUCGCCCGUGCGCGAUUUAAAUUUCGAAUGUGUUCCGGUUGCAAAAAAUUGCGAAUGGCCAGUGCUGAUGCGUUCUAUCUCCAAUUUUAAAAUUCGAGAGUGCGGGAUGGCGGCCGCGAACUGAGCAGCGAGUGAGAGAGUAAUGUCCGCGUAGCCCGGUGCCCCAAACUCAGUCAUAUGCAGAGAAAAUCUGCCAACGUGUUCAGAGAUUCCCUGCGACUGCGCCAGAAGCUGCUGCUGCGGACCACCACAUACUUCAAGGUGGUCGAGUUCGUGAAGAAGGACGCGAUACGAUACUACACUUAUGACUACGAAAUACACAGAGUAGUAUGAACAUAUUCAUAGGGAACGACUACCACUCUAAGAACCUCGUCAAGUUGAAAUUUUGAUUUCGGCUGAAGGACAAUAACGAUUAAAUUAUUUAGAUACUUAUAAGUUUAGCUAUCAAAAAACCAAGAUGGCCGCGAAAGCCGAGCCGAUCGGUCCGCGGAACGGGCACGAGUUGGCGCCUCUGAAUACCAGGGCUGACGGGUCGGAGAGACCCCACGGGGUGACGAUCGUCCUCCAGGGGUCCCGGAGCUCCCUGCAGCGGGACGGGGGGGCGGAAGACCGGGCGGCGUGGUCGGGGAAGCUGCAGUUCUUCCUCUCCAUCAUCGGCUACUCCGUCGGGCUUGGCAACAUCUGGCGGUUCCCGUACUUGUGCCAACAGAAUGGUGGUGGCGCAUUCCUCAUCCCGUUCCUCAUAAUGCUGGUGCUGGAGGGCAUCCCGUUGUUCCUCAUCGAGAUGGCGAUCGGGCAGCGCAUGCGACUGGGGUCGCUGGGCGUGUGGAACACCAUCCACCCGUGGCUGGGCGGCAUCGGGAUCUCCAGCUGCAUCGUGACUCUCUUCGUCGCGUUGUACUACAACGUCAUCAUCACAUGGGUCUUCUUCUACCUCUUUAAUAGUAUACGGCUGAGUGCGGACUCCCUUCCCUGGGCGCAUUGCCCCGCCGACAACGGGACCGCGGAGGCGGAGUGCAACAAGGCAUCGGCCACCGUCUACUUCUGGUACCGCGAGGCGCUGGACGCCGCGCCCAGCAUCGAGGACCCGGGAGUGCCGCGCUGGUGGAUAGUCCUGUACCUGCUGCUCGCCUGGAUCAUCGUCUUCUUCAUCGUGAUGAAGGGCAUCCAGAGCAGCGGCAAGGUGGUCUACUUUACGUCUCUCUUCCCCUACGCUGUGCUCACUAUAUUCUUCGUUAGAGGCAUCACUUUGCCCGGCUCCGCCGAUGGGAUCUGGCACAUGUACAAGCCUAAGCUGGAUAAGCUGCUGGACCCGACAGUGUGGCUGGACGCGGCGACGCAGGUGUUCUACUCGUUCGGCCUGGCGUUCGGUUCGCUGAUCGCGUUCGGCUCGUACAACCCGCCCGACAACAACUGCGUUCGCGACGUGUUGCUGGUCUCCGUCUGCAACGCGCUCACCGCCAUCUACGCGUCGGUCGUCAUCUUCAGCAUCCUCGGCUUUAAGGCCUACACCAUGGUCGAGAAGUGCAUCUCCAAGGAGAUCAAGGUGCUGGCUCUGCACCACAUCGGCGCCUUCACGCUCAACUCCACCGAGGAGUACUACAAGGAGGAGUUCCCCAACCUCAACUCCACCGUCACUAGUGCCUUGAACCUCACUGGGUGCUCCAUGAGCAAACAAUUGGAGGAGGCUGCGGAGGGUACCGGGUUGGCGUUCAUCGUGUUCACUCAAGCCAUCCUCAAGCUGACCCCGGCCCCGUUCUGGUCAAUUAUCUUCUUCCUGAUGCUGCUCUCCCUGGGCCUCGGCAGCCAGAUCGGCAUCAUGGAGGGCAUGCUCUGCACCAUAUUCGACAUUGAUUUCUUCAAGCGUAUGAGCAAACCCGUUAUUACUGGUUCAGUAUGUACGUUCUGUUUCUUCGUCGGUCUGAUAUUCACGACCGGUGCCGGCGAGUACUGGCUCAAGAUGUUCGACUCGUUCGCCGGCACCAUCGGUCUUGUCGUCGUCGCGCUGCUCGAGAUGAUAUCCGUCAUCUACAUCUACGGACAUGAAAGAUUCACCAACGACAUCUACGAGAUGACGGGCUACCGGCCAGGCUGGUACUGGCAGAUCACCUGGCGCUACGUCGGCCCCGUCAUCGUCACCUGCAUCCUGCUCUCCUCGCUCGUCUUCAUGCUCAUCAACCCGCCCACAUACGGCGCUUGGAAUGCUGAGGAGGGUCGCGUUGAGAAGACUCCGUACCCAUCCUGGGUGUUGGGUAUUGCUGUAGCUAUGAUUCUAGCUGGUGUACUACCCAUACCCAUAGUGCUGCUUCUCCGAAGAUUCCAGUGCCUGGCUCUCGAUGUGGACAUCCAUCAGGGAUCCAUCAGGAGGAUUGAGACGACUGUGUCCACCAAGGAAAUGAUGAGCGAUCAGGAUGUGUUGUCUCCGGAGAGCGCGCCGCCCGCGCAGCUGGUGGCGGACGCCGGCACUAAGUUCACUAUCGGUGACUUUGACUCCUCCGACUCGGAGCCAACGGCAGUGAAAACUGACGACAAAUACGAGGACUCCAGCAGCGACGACGAGAUCAUCAACGCGAAAUACUCGACCGGCAACGGCAUACGGCUGUCGAUGAAGCCCAUCGGCAAACCCGCGCCACUCAAGAUGGACGUCGUCGACUGACCGGUGCAUUCCAUUUACAAUUUUUUUUUAAUCUACAUUUUUAGUAUAAUUUACUAAUGCGUGUAUUUAUUUCGAUUUCGAAAUGUUUAAGUAAUUUAAAGAAGUUACUAUUACACGGUACAUUUCGUACUCGGUCUCGUUCAGGAGAAUGUUAGAGGGCCGGUUUUAAGCAUCAAUUUUGGAUAGUAGUUUACAAUUAUUAAAUGUUUAAUAGCUAUCUUUAGAAUGAAAUUAAAGGUAUUAUUAAAUGUUCGGAAAUCAUUUACAUUUACCUUCUUAAAGCAAUAAAUAUUAAUAUUGAUCGCGAAAUAAAUUUUCGUAAAAUCGGCCCAAACCUAACUAACUGAAAGUAUUAUUUUUUAAUAAUUUAAUUUUUAGAUUUGCUAAGUAAUAAGAAAUGUAUUAAUUAAAUAACAUAGUUUAUUUAUUAAUUACUUAUUUUUGUGAUAAUAUUACAUAGAUUAAUAUUUCCGGGAUUGUUUGAAGAUUUUGUCGCUAUAAUCAAAACCUUUCUUAACAGCCCUAAUUAUUUAUUUUUAUUCGACUUCUUGUUACUACUAUACAUAUACAAUUUGAAGUUGGCCUUUAACAGUAAUAUACAUAUUUAGGUUUAAGGCAAAAUGUUAUAAGAGCUGCUGAGUCGCAUGCUUAUCAGACUAAAGCACAUUUGAUUUUAUGUAAAACAACAAACUAGUCAGCUUAAAUACAUAAUUAAAGUAAGAUUUAGUAGAACGUUAAUGAAUGAAUUAAAAAAAAUUUGAAUCGAAACAUUUUAGCAAUGGCGCCCAACAUGGGGCAGCUAACAUCGUAUGGGAGGCUAAAGCAGUGGCGCCAAAUGUGGGGCAAGUAAUUUCUAGGGAGGAAUAAAGGGAUAUUUGAGCUUGUAGCACUUAAUGUGUGUAUAACAUUUGAAAUUGAAUAAAUUACAGGCAAAAGACAUAAGGGAUUUUGUGACAAAGGCGUCAAUUAGU